CACUUUAGAAUCAUUUCACCUCAGACAAACAUAUCCCCAUUUCUUCAACUCAAAGAUCUCCUUCUAAAAUAUACAAAAACAAACAAAUCACACAUGUUUAGGCACACUGGUAUUUCAUCACAUGAUCCAUGUCCAUGACCAUUUUUGCCAAAACCAAACACACACAAAAUCCGAUAUCACUCGAAUCCAAAAUCACCUACUGAUCCAAACAAGCUUACCCGAUAUGUUUAUUGUGAUUCUUGGUUAUGUUCUGUUUCUUGUCCCACUCCCAUCUGCUUCGCAGCCUCAAGCUGCGCUGCAGCUUCUCCGGUUCCGAGACAGUCUGCCGGAGGCCUCGAAGUCUCUCCUGCAAUGGAACCCGACCACCUCAGCUUCUGCUCACUGCAGCUGGCCUGGUGUUUCUUGCUACUCAAAUGAAACAGAUUUUCGAGUGGAAAAGUUGGAGCUGAAGGGGUUAGGGCUCACUGGGGUUCUAGAAGAUUCGUAUUCGUUGCUGUGUGGGGUUUCUGAUCUGGUCCUUGUUGAUCUCAGCAGCAACAAUUUCAGUGGAAGCGUUCCUACUGUGCUUGGAAACUGCAGUCAGCUCAUCGAUGUUAAUCUCAACAACAAUCACCUGUCAGGACCAAUUCCACCUGACGUUUUCAAGCCAGGCAAGCUUCUGGCGCUCGACUUGGGCGGGAACAAGCUAUCUGGCACGAUUCCACCCGAGGUAGGCCAAUGCAAACGUCUUGAAUAUCUUGCGUUGAGCGCGAGCUCAUUGAGCGGUGAAGUUCCAAGUGAGCUGUUUUCAGUUCUGAAUUUGAAGUAUCUCUAUUUGGAUUUGAAUCAAUUCAACGGUACGUUACCUAAAUUUCCAUCAAGAUGCCCACUUGUUGAACUGCUUCUGCGAAACAAUUCAUUCCAUGGCUCCUUGCCACCGUCCAUAAGCAACUGUCGGGAUCUCCAAUUCCUGGAUGUAUCUAGGAACAAGCUUGGAGGAGUAAUGGAGCAGGAUAUCUUCACGGGGCUGAUGCAACUUGACCAACUGUCCCUUGCUCGAAACAACUUUGAAGGGCAAAUUCCUAUGUCCGUCUGGAGUCUCAGGAAUAUAACGAGCCUCUUGCUUUUUGUAAACAAGUUCAAUGGGAGCAUUCCUGAAGAUAUCAGGCAAUGUGAUAAGCUUACUCGCCUCGACUUAUCAGAAAACGUCUUGACUGGUCCUAUUCCAGCUUCAGUUUCUUAUCUCAGAAAUUUGCGGUUCAUGAAUCUAUUAAAAAAUAGGCUCAGUGGUCCUAUACCUCAGGGAAUUGGAAACUGCACUUCUCUAACAGAUGUUGUUUUGCGCGAAAACAACAUCAGUGGAAUUCUUCCUCCUGAGUUAUGUGGUCUCCGGAGUUUGGUGUUUCUCAUGCUGAAUCACAAUCAUAUUGAGGGUCCUAUACCGGAUUGUGUAGGGAGUUUGAUCUCUCUUCAAGUGUUCAGCGUUUACAACAACAGCAUGACAGGCAGAGUACCACCUGGUAUUACCAAGUUGACCAACCUUACAACUCUUAAUUUGGCUGUAAACAAAUUAGAAGGGGUGAUUCCAUCAGAUCUGGGCAAGAAUCUCGUUCCUGGUUUGGUUAUCUUGGAUCUUACAGGAAAUCAGUUCACGGGAGAACUUCCACGUGCUGCAUGUUCUGGCAACCGUCUUCAACGUUACACCCUUGGCAACAACAAAUUUGUAGGCGGUUUCCCCACAGAAAUCAUCAAAUGUAAGUCUCUAAUUAGAUUGUCUCUUGACAACAAUAGCUUGCAAGGAAGCAUACCAAAUGAGCUGGAAAAUUCAUCCAGCAUUGAAUAUUUUAAUAUUCGAGGAAACAUGUUUGAAGGACCUAUCCCAACAGUCUUUGGUUCCUGGAGCAAUCUCUCAACUGUUGAUCUUUCAGACAAUAAGUUUUCAGGCUCAAUACCUAAGGAAUUUGGGGGACUUCAAAAUCUGGUAGAAAUGAAUAUUUCUUCAAACAGAUUGACAGGAGAAAUUCCUCCCGAGCUGAGUCGUUGUCCAAAAAUAGACAUGCUAGACCUCAGCAAGAAUGACCUUGAGGGAGGUGUCCCGUCUGAGAUCCUUUCUUCAUCAUCACUGUCAAUCAUUCAGUUUCAAGACAACAAACUGACAGGCAUGAUUCCCAACACUUCUGCGAGUGGACAAAAACUGCGAGUGCUGCAGCUUGGGGACAAUUUGCUCGAGGGUCAUUUUCCUUGCAAUCUUAAUACAGAUCUCAAGAGUCUGAACCUCAGUACAAACAAGUUUUCUGGAGAAAUACCCAGAUGCAUUGGCAAUCUCAAAAACUUGGAGAUUCUUGAUAUCUCAAGCAACGAUUUCUCAGGCGAGAUACCAUCAGUGGCAAAUGAUAUGGGAUCACUUCAAGUUCUGAACAUAUCAUAUAAUCAACUCUCUGGCCAAAUUCCUGAUGCUUGGGCAAAGCCAUUGGAGCAACCCAGAACAUCUGACGGAAAUCCAAGACUCUGCCUAGCAUCCAUAAAUGGCGGCAACUGCAGAAGUCACAAGAAAGUACAUCGAGGCCUCCUUGCUGGUAUUAUAACCGGAUCAUUUUUCUUGACAGCAUGCCUUCUUGCUGCCAUGUACGUGUUAGUAACUCGUUUUUGGCACCAUACCCCAUCAACUCCUGAACAGUCGCUGUUGCACGAUCAAUCGAGCUACGAAGACUUACCAGAUGAUCUGAAAUUUGUUGACAUUCUUCGUGGAACUGAAGGUUGGAGUGAUAAAUAUGUGAUUGGAAGAGGCAAGCAUGGAACUGUUUAUAGAGCACAAUCGAUGAAAUCAAAAAAGCACUGGGCAAUUAAGAAGGUGGAUCUAACUGAGGCAAAAUCCAACACGGAGAUGAGAAUUUUGAACCUGGUCAGGCAUAGAAAUAUACUUAGAAUGGGAGGAUACAGCAUCAGGAAUGGAUGUGGAUACAUAGUUACAGAAUACAUGCCUGAAGGUACUCUCUAUCAUCUGCUGCACAAGAGGUUGCCUCGGGUAGCUUUGACCUGGGAGCAACGAUGCCGUAUAGCUCUUGGAAUAGCUCAAGGUUUGUCGUAUCUUCACCAUGAUUGUGUGCCUCCAAUCAUUCACAGAGAUAUCAAAUCAGACAAUGUACUGCUGGACUCAGAAUUUGAACCGAAGAUUGGAGAUUUUGGGACAGCGAAACUGGAUUCAGAUGUUGAAGAAGACGAAACAGAUUCUACAAUUGUUGGAACACUUGGCUAUAUAGCACCAGAGAAUGCAUACUCAUCAAAGUUGACGGAUAAAUGUGAUGUAUACAGCUAUGGGGUAAUUCUGCUGGAGCUUCUUUGCAGAAAAUUACCUGUGGAUCCCAGCUUUGAUGAGGGCUUAGAUAUUGUCUCAUGGGUAAGGACGACACUACAUGGUUACAACCCUCACGUCGAUUUCUUGGAUGAAGAAAUCAUGCACUGGGAGAGAGAGGACCAGCAAGAAGUACUGGAGAUGGUGGAUCUUGCUUUAAAAUGCACUGAAAUGGUUCCAGAUAUCAGGCCCUCAAUGAGAGAUGUAGUGAGUUCUCUGCUUAAAUUUCAAAAAAAAAAUUGAGGUGAAUGUGAGAAUUCCCUCAUAGAUUAGAUCUCCAUGUAAACAUUUGCCAAGGAAUUCUGUUGCAAUGACACAGUUGGUAUUUUUAUCUGAUAACCUGUAAAGUUCUAGAUGAUAAAUAAAAUCAAGCCACAAGAUACCA